UAUGUUGUGUAUAUAUAUAUACACCCAGGCUCCCAAAUUCAGGGUAAUAGAAGAGACUAUGAGCUCCAUAGAAUCAUUGAAGCAAACACUCCAAAGUCUUGAAAAACAAAAGGUAGAGACGCGUCUUGGUUUAUUCACCAAAUCUAGUACUGUGGAACCCCUUAUUGACCAGUCAUCUCUAAUUAGUAGUCCAGCCACCAACAAGGAGCCACCUGGAUUGUUGUCGUCUAUGAACAACUCAAACACAAUCUCAUCAGCUGGCACAAGUGCUUUAAGUAAUACUUUCAAAACAUGGACGUCAUCUAACGUUACCUUAAGUAUGUGUGGCAUUUCCGCGGUUAUCAGCAUUUGUUCCUUGAAAAGGCAUGGCCUCUUCACUACCAUCUGCCUUAUAUUGAAGAAUCACAAUCUCGACGUUGUGUCUGCUGAGAUCUUUUCAACUCAUCAUGCUAAGACCAUGUAUAUGAUUCACGUUCGCGGAUAUGUUCCUCCUGAGUUCACUGAAGGAUUUCCUUAUGAGAAGCUGUAUAAGAAGGCUGUGGCUCAGAUUAAAUUUUGCCUUGAUGUGUAAAAUAUUCAAAGCUAGAUUAUGAAGAUGUGAUCAAGUGUUCCAUGGUGCUUCAACAGUUUAAUGCUAUCUUUCUUACUCACUUUUUUUUUUUUUUUUUUGUUGAGUUCUGAGACGACUUUUUUGUUUUGGAAUAUAUGUUUUGGUUUUGUGUGCUUUAUUGCUUUCUUACAACUAUAUAUCAUGUUCUUUUCUCAUUUUAUAUCAUAAACAUAAAUUCGAGGGA